AGUUGCGGGUUUGGUGAGCACUUGCAGGGCCGCUGGGAACGGUUCUGCUACACGGACGUGCCCACCACUCUCUUCUCUCUCUUCUUCCGCCUCCUCCUGGUUGGGGUCUAAAGGCCUUUAAACGGCUGUAGAGCGUGGCGUGGCACCCUUUUGUUUUAUUCGUGGCGGAGAUCGGCUAAGAGAGCGGAUUCCGCCGUCAAAACUUUUUUUCUCUCCUGUUUGCCGGUCCGUUUCCUAUGCAGCGAUACGAUCUUCUCUAUUUAUUUCCUGCGUCUUCUUUUGUUUUUUUUGAAUAGCUACGUACGCAGUUCUUGCUGCUUCUAUUUCUUCCAGCGUUGAGGUGCGUCGUCGCGUAUCUCGGCGUUGCUGCGAGCGUAGUCCGGCGUGUGGGUUUCAGCUCUUUUUUCCUCGCCUCUUGUCCUCUCCCGCUGCUUGGCUGUCGCAGCGUGUCGAACACCUCAUUGUUGGUUUUUGGUUUUACGGGCCUUCGUCGCAAUCUGAGUCCCCCUUCUUACCUUUUUUUAACGUAGAUCUUUCGCCUCUCUACCGCGGUGGCGCAAACACUCUUUGGGGAUCUCUCAUAGGCACUCUUCGUCCUUUUCUUCUGUUUUCCUUUCUUCUCUCAGCUGUGCAUGGGCCAUGUCAAACGCACCGGUGCUGCUGGACAUCGGCACCGAUGCCCUUGCCCACCAGGCGGAGGUGGACGAGGUGAAGCGCCGCAUGGGCAUCACGCACCACUACUUCGACUGCUGGAUCUACGGCUUUCUUGAGAACAAGAAUUUCAACAUCGAUGAGGCCGUGGCGAAGCUGCAGCGCCGCGCCGACUUCGAGCGGGAGCAGCUGGCCACCUACAAUGUGACGGACUGGAUGAUGGAGAACAUGCGCAAAGGCAUCAUCCAGGUCGUCGGCAACGAUAAGGCGGGCCGCGUCACGCUGUACGUCACCACCGCACGCGACAAGCCGCAGAGCUCGCGCCGCGAGGAGAGUCGCAUGAAUUUUGACAUGUUCGUCAACUACGCCACACGGCUGCGUCCGGAGAGCAAACGUUGUCAGAUGGCGAUGCUCAUCAACCAAGACAAGAGCAGCAUGAUGAGCAAUCUGGACAUGACCUUCCAGGCCGACAUCGCCCUCCGCAUCGCCAAGUUCUACCCGGGCUGCGUGGACAAGAUGUACAUCUGCAAGAUGGGUCGCCUGCUCUCAGCCCUCGCCAAGCCGAUCUUCUCGCGUCUGCCCGCCAUCGUCUCGGACCGCAUCAUCAUCGUGUCUGACUCGGACAUCAAGAACGGAAAGCUGCUGGAGCUCUACGAUGAAAACGUGCUGCCGAUCGCGCUGGGCGGCAAGAACGACUGCGACAAGCAGGAGAACUACGACCGCUUCGCGACGACGGUCAGCGCGUACUUUUCUCAGCUGAAGGCGGCCGUGCUGCGAGGAGAUAGCGUGAAGGAAUGGGAACUGAACAACCUCCGUGCGGGGGGCUACAUCGAAGAGUUAUCUCGCAUGGACGCACUGAAGCGCAGCGUCAUUGAACCGGGUUCCUCCAUGCGCGGCGCCACCCCCUCUCUGUACGACACAAACCUCUUGGGGCUGGAUCACAACACCUCUUUCAGCGAACACAGCUUCUCCCAGCGCUCGCCCGGGGAGGUGUACGUCGACAUUGAUGACGACGCCAACUUACUCACGUGCGACACCGUCGGCACGGAAAUGGUGCGGCGGCGCAACUCGGAUCUGCUGUAUCGGCACAGCAUCGGGUCUGUGCAGACGACGCCCACGCAGCGAGACUUGUUCACGGAGUACGUUACGCAGUACGCCACCAUCGAGACGUUCUUCCGCAUCAGCCUGAUGGAGAUGCACGAGCGGGAGUGGCUGCAGAUUGUGCAGUGGGAGCUGCAGGAGCGCCGCACCCUCUGCGACGACGAAGGCGUCAUUCGCGGCGACAAGCUGCUCGCUGGGCUGCCGCCCGCGCUGCUCAUGGUGGCGAAAGGAUUCCUCUGGCUGUGCCUCAUGGUGAACUCCUUCUUCUUUUUUGUCGGCACGUGCUUCAUCGCCCUCCUCGGGGUCCUGGUUCUCAUCAACAUCUUCUUCGCCAUGUUUGUGAAGCCCUUCCAGGCCUUUCUGUACGGCGCGGCAUUUAUCGUGGUGGCGUGCCAAUUUGUCAUCUUCUGCUCCCGCGGCUUCGAUGUGGCCCGCAACACCUUCCAAGGACGCGUCAUUCAAGCGCUCAAAGCCUUUGGUGGGAAGGCGUUAGCAUUCCAGCUCGUCAUCGACGUCGGCUGCGUCGUUGGCUACUUUGUGCUCUUCUGCGUCAUGGCGGCCCGCUACGAUGUGCUGACGGGGCUGCAGUACAGCCUCGCCUACGGCUGGAUCGUCGCGGUGUGUCUCAUCUUCAUCUACCACGUCGUCUUCGCCUUCGGCUUCCGCACCGUCAACAAGCGCUCCUACGCGCACGGCAGCCGGCAGAACAACGCCGAGGCCACGCUGUACCUCUUCAUGGAGGUGGAGAUGGACGACGAGAGCGCGGAGGAUCGCUGCCCGCCGACGGAGGUGCUCCUGCUGACGCUGGUCGGUGUCUUCUCCGUCGCGAUGGGCGUGGCGUGGCUGACCGGCGGCGGGUUCUUCUUUCUGUGCGCCGUCGUCGUCGCGCAGGCGGUGCUGCUGCUGCUGUGCACCGUCUUCAUGUCCGCCCACAACGUGGGCGCGUCGUCUAACAUCACCGUCUGCGGCGUCUUCUAUGCCUCGAUGUUCUGGAUGGACGCCGUCUUCACGAUGUCGCAGAACACGUGGUACAACCAGUGGGGCGGCUCGAUGCUGGCCGUCCUCUUCGUUAUGCUCUUCUUUGUCGUUCUUGGCAUGGUGAGCGUCUACGGGCCGUGGAAGGGGGCCGUGCGACGGUGGCUCUUUCGUGUGUCGUGGCUGCUGCUGCUGCUGCACAUGAUUGGGUGUGUGGUGGGGCUGCUGGUGCUGAACUACCGUACGGGUCUCUUUGUGGUGGCGCUGGUCAUACAUCUGCUGCUGUGCAUCGUGCGCACCAACGAGGCGUCGAAUCACUACGGCGUCUUCACCAUGACGGCCGCCUUCACACUGGUGCUGCUCACCUGCUGCCUCAUGGGCCACUCCAGCAUGCGGGACGUGUACAGCGGGUCGGUGAGCAACUCCAUCAUGCCUCGCUACGCAGAUCGCUUUCGUAAUGUCCGUAGCAGCGGCAGUGGCGUUGCCGCCGUCGAUUGGCAGCGCUCCCACGCCGACAACGGCACCUUCGCCGCCCCCUCGCAGGUGAUGCCGCCGCUCUGCCUGAGUCGCUUCGCACCCACUCUUGACAUCGUCGGCAUGGCACUCUUCGCCAAGCUGGGCCUCAACCUGGACCAGGUGAGUCAAGAUGAGGAUUUAGCCCGCUGGUUCCCGUCGUACCACCGCAUCUCCAUCGCCAACAUGACAGAGGAGAACUUCGUGCACGUGUCUGCCUUUCGUGAGGAGACGUCGACGCGCAACACGACGGUGUUGGUGGUGCGUCCUGGCACGGAUGUGAUGCUCCUGAUCGAGUCUAUGACAAUGUGGAUUGACACGUACGCGCUGUCCUUCUUUUCCUUCCUGACACCCGCCCCCUACGUUGAGAAGCUGCUGCCCUACCUCUCCUUUAUGCAGGACAUGGUGCCACUGCGGUGGAAGACGUCGGUGACGGCCACCUCGAAAACAGUGCGGCGCCUGCUGGGCAACGUGGAGACGGGUACGUCUAACGAGACGUAUUACGUGGUGAGUCACGGUCCGUUGGGCAGCUACGCCGCUGUCGUGGGCCUGCAAACUGGGGUGCCCAGCCUGCGCAGCAUCGUCUUCUCGGGGUCGCCGAUUGCGCUGUCGAGGUUUGACCUGCACCUGACGGAGGAGACGCUGGCGCAGCGGCUGUUGGCGGUUCAGACGAUGCAGACGGUCUUCUCGACGUGGUAUCUGCGCUCCGCCUCCACGCAGUACAUCCCCUGCCGCCUGGGCGGCACCACGUGUGACCGCAUCAACACCACCAUCGACGAACUGAACACGCUUUGCUCUUGA